AUGGGUAACAAUAGAAAAAGAUCAAAAAAUAAAAACACUAAUUUAAUAAAAGCAGGAGAAGAUGAUUUAUAUGCGAUAAUAAUGCAGCCAUUAGGACAAGCACAAUUUAAAAUAUUUUGUUCAGACUCAACAGUGAGAAUAGGAAAAGUUAAAGGAUCGAUGCAAAAGAGAGAGUGGAUUAGAGAGAAUGAUAUAGUUUUAGUAACUAAGGGAAUAGGAAGGUCAGAUAAUUGUGAAAUUGUAUUGAGAUAUAGGGAUGAGCAUAUACAACAGUUAAAAGAGUGUAGAGCAAUAACUGAUGAAUUAUUAAAUCCAAAGAUUAUUGAUGAAUACAAUCCAAUUAACAAUCCAGUAGAUGAAACUUUUGACUUGCUUUAA